ACAAGUGUUCGCUUACUAGACGAAGCGUUAGAGUUAAGUGUGGCCUUGUUGGCCUGAUUGCGUGAUCAUGUGCGAUCAGUUCCGAUCGCGGUUCGCCACAGAAAGGAUGUGUUUUGAAGUUUGGAAAGUACGGUGACACUUUGACGCGAUGAGUGCUGUUAGAAGUCGAAGGACCGCAAAGAAUAGAGCCACCUGUAGUGCAGCUCGGGUGGAGAAAGUUAUGCAAAGUGUGUACGAGGAACUCUUUGGAGAUGCGGCGGAAUUGACGGCGGGGAUGGCGUGUGACACUGCAAGUGAUAUGGGAUUCGGCAGGGAUUCACAAAUGGAAGACACGGCAGACGGUGGAUAUCAUCAACGAUCACAGGCUAAUGCAAGGGAGCGCUUCCGGACGCAUAGUGUCAACUCAGCGUUCAACAAUCUACGACUGUUGAUUCCCACAGAACCUAAGAAUCGCAAGCUUUCCAAGAUCGAAACACUCCGAUUGGCAAAAAGCUACAUCUCUCAUCUGAUAGCUGUACUGAUAACAGGAAACACUCGACAACCAUGCCUGAUGGCUCAGCCAUCGCAGCUGGUCGGAAAUGGAUUUGGGGACGAACAGGGCGACGGCGAAGGCACAAGCGACAGUAGCCAGUGCAGUCGAGGAUCAGGCUCAACUCUGCUGCGACACGUGGAGUUUGGAUUGGAAAGCUUUGAUUCGAUAGGAUCUGGCAUCAGUUCCGAAGGAACGGGAAGGGCUGCCAUUUGUACGUUUUGUGUUUCAUUAAAGAAAAUAGUACCAGUGGAAUUUGUUUUGAACGGUCCGAAAUGUCAAACCGCCAUUUUGAAAGUCUCUUUUGAGAGCGAAGCUUCGAUGAUGAAGCAACGCCUUCUUGAUUGGAAUCUUUUUACCUAG